AUGAUUUUGUAUGCAAUCGCGGUUGGCUUGCGUUUCUUGAAAUAUUUCCACUUCGUGGCUGCAUUCUCGGUGCGUGUGUAUGACAAUGGAUCGAUAGGUUGCACUAACAACAAUUAUGCACCAAGAGAAAAGUGCAAAAAAAGCGGGCAACCAAAGGAGAUAGCAGCAAUGCCAGCUAUGGCAAUCCCUGGAGCUUCUGUCCCAACUUAUCCAAUUUAUUUUGCCAGGGCACAAGGAGGACUCGAUCAAAGGAUAAACAACGGAUUGUUGGGGAAUGGAUCUCUCCAGCAGUCACUGCCUUUGAGCUCUAACUGGCCUUUUGCUGGGACUGAUAAAUUUGGUCUUCAACCAGCUGCUACUUGGCCGGUGAAUGGGAUGAAUACUUCUGGUGUUCUGCAUGCUAGCCAAGCUAAUCAACUAGUUUCUGCUCCAAAAAGCUGGCGCAGUGGUGACUGGAUCUGCAGCUGUGGCUUUCACAACUAUUCUUCUCGUGCACAGUGCAAAAAAUGCAACACUCCAAUGCCAGAAGCUGCACCUUCUUCUUUUGUCAGUAUAGCAAUUACAGCUCAUGGAACAAAAAGACUAGCUUCUGAAGAACUUGUUCACGAAUGGGAUAGCAAGACACUGAACGCUGGACACCAAUUUCUUUAUGGGGUUUCAGAUUGUGUAUUUGAUUCUAAAUUGUAGCUUUGACCUUCUUUU